GGCUGGGCCUCCAUCAGCAGGGGUGUGCUGGUCUGUGACGAAUGCUGCAGUGUGCACCGGAGCCUGGGACGUCACAUCUCCAUCGUCAAGCACCUUCGCCACAGCGCCUGGCCUCCCACACUGCUGCAGAUGGUGCACACACUUGCCAGCAAUGGGGCCAACUCCAUCUGGGAGCACUCUCUGUUGGACCCUGCACAAGUGCAGAGUGGCCGGCGCAAAGCUAACCCCCAAGACAAAGUCCACCCCAUCAAGUCUGAAUUCAUCAGGGCCAAGUACCAGAUGCUGGCAUUUGUGCACAAGCUUCCCUGCCGGGAUGAUGAUGGGGUCACUGCCAAAGACCUUAGCAAGCAACUGCACUCCAGUGUGAGGACAGGCAACUUAGAGACAUGUCUGCGCUUGCUGUCCCUGGGCGCCCAGGCUAACUUCUUCCAUCCGGAAAAGGGUACCACCCCUCUGCACGUGGCUGCCAAAGCAGGGCAGACAUUGCAGGCCGAGCUGCUUGUGGUGUACGGUGCUGACCCUGGCUCCCCUGACGUUAACGGCCGCACACCCAUUGACUAUGCCAGGCAGGCGGGACACCAUGAGCUGGCGGAGAGGCUAGUCGAAUGUCAGUAUGAGCUCACUGACCGGUUGGCCUUCUACCUGUGUGGACGCAAGCCGGAUCACAAGAAUGGGCAUUACAUCAUCCCACAGAUGGCUGACAGAUCUCGGCAAAAGUGCAUGUCUCAGAGCCUGGACCUCUCCGAGUUGGCCAAAGCUGCCAAGAAGAAGCUGCAGGCACUCAGCAAUCGGCUUUUUGAGGAACUCGCCAUGGAUGUAUACGACGAGGUGGAUCGAAGAGAAAAUGACGCGGUGUGGUUGGCGACCCAGAACCACAGCUCCCUGGUGACAGAGCGCAGUGCUGUACCCUUCCUGCCUGUGAACCCUGAGUACUCAGCCACGCGCAAUCAGGGGAGACAGAAGUUGGCCCGCUUUAAUGCUCGAGAGUUUGCCACUCUAAUCAUCGACAUUCUCAGUGAGGCCAAGCGGAGACAGCAGGGCAAGAGCCUGAGCAGUCCCUCAGACAACCUCGAGCUCUCCGCACGGAGCCAGAGUGACCUGGAUGACCAGCAUGACUACGAUAGUGUGGCUUCCGAUGAGGACACGGACCAGGAGCCCCUGCGCAGUGCCAGCACCACUAGGAACAACCGGGCUCGGAGUAUAGAUUCCUCGGACCUGUCUGAUGGGGCUGUGACACUGCAGGAGUACCUGGAGCUGAAGAAGGCCCUGGCUGCCUCCGAGGCAAAGGUGCAGCAGCUCCUGAAGGUCAAUAGUAGCUUGAGUGAUGAGCUGCGGAGGCUGCAGAGGGAGAUCCACAAGCUUCAGGCAGAGAACCUGCAGAUCCGGCAGCAGGCGGGGCCUGUGCCCACAACCCCCCUCCCCAGUGAAAGGGCAGAGCACUCCACCGUGGUGCCUGCUGGGAGUACCCGCAGGGACCGCCAGGCCUUCUCCAUGUAUGAACCAGGCUCUGCCCUGAAGCCUUUUGGGGCCCCACCUGGGGAGGAACUCAGCCCGCGGCUACAGCCUUUCCACAGCACUGAGCUGGAGGAUGAUGCCGUCUAUUCCAUGCACGUCCCCAGUGGCCUUUACCGGAUCCGGAAGGGGGUGUCGGCCUCAGCCAUGCCCUUUGCUCCCUCCUCCCCACUGCUGUCCUGUACCCAGGAAGGGAGCCGCCAUGUGAGCAAGCUUUCCCGCCAUGGCAGUGGUGCCGACAGCGACUAUGAAAACACGCAAAGCGGGGACCCACUGCUUGGACUGGAAGGAAAGAGGUUUCUAGAGCUGGGCAAGGACGAGGAUUUCCACCCAGAGAUGGAAAGUCUGGAUGAAGACUUGGACCCUGGGCUACCCAGCACAGAGGAUGUCAUCCUGAAGACAGAGCAAGUCACCAAGAACAUUCAGGAAUUGUUGCGGGCUGCCCAGGAGUUCAAGCAUGACAGCUUUGUGCCCUGCUCAGAGAAGAUCCAUUUGGCUGUGACCGAGAUGGCCUCUCUCUUCCCAAAGAGGCCAGCCCUAGAGCCAGUGCGUAGCUCACUGCGGCUGCUCAAUGCCAGCGCCUACCGGCUACAGAGUGAGUGCCGGAAGACAGUGCCCCCAGAGCCAGGCGCCCCUGUGGACUUCCAGCUGCUGACUCAGCAGGUGAUUCAGUGCGCCUAUGACAUCGCCAAGGCUGCCAAGCAGCUGGUCACCAUCACCACCCGAGAGAAGAAGCAGUGACCACUCCUGUCCCCUCACCCACACCCUGGGACCUCAUUGGCCAUGGGAGCUGGGCCACUCCAGACACUAACCCCCACCCCAACAGAGCCACUGGCACAAGUGCCCUUAGUGCUGCCUUGCUCCCUGGCAGCCAGGUGCCCUGGUGCCCACCCCCCUGAAGCCCCAAAAUGGGGAAGUGGGG